CCCCACAUCAACACAGAAAUAUAUUUGUGUAGCAACAAGAUGAAGCAAUUGCCUAAGCCCAGAUACCACAAGGACAGCGUUCAAAUCAUUAAAAUGCUGUCGGCCAUCAAUAAGCCUGCCAGCAUGACAGAGCUCAUUAAGCAUGUGGAAUCACACUAUAAACCCCACCCCGAAGAUCGGGACUUUUGGCAUACUUUUGGUGAGAAGCUCGCAAUUGGUGUCAGCUGCGGAUAUAUUCUGAAUCAGAGCGGCAUCUACUCCCUGGUUAAGCCACGGCCAACCGUCCAGCAAAUAUUAACCGAGACCCGAAACCGAACUAACAGAAAACAAACCAAAGUCAAAGUAGGAUUAACCAGGAAGCAAACCUUCCUAAUGUUGAAGAAUGAAAAACUCUCCCAAGAACGCUCCGAAAAACGCCCCGAAAAACGCCCCGAAAAACGCUCCGAAGAACGCCCCGAAAAACGCUCCCAAAAACUUAAAAGCUGCGUCAAUGCUCACGAUUAACUAUUUGAGUAUUUUUUUCGGACUAUAGACAUUUCUGGUUAUUUGGCCUUCAGAGUUCUUGCAGAACUAGACCCUAAAAUGUGACUUAAAUUA